CUGUAUCGAGGCUUGUAGCCAGAGGCAGUAGAAAACAAUAGGUUGUCCAAGUGUGUGUAAGCGUAUUAUACGAGGUCCCGCCGGCCUGUAUGUUAAUCUCGGCUCCACGUUGUUUCGCCCUGACUCGCUGUUGAUAUUGACCACAAUGGCGCACUGAGCAAACGGGGAAAGGAAUGACAUUUUUUUUAUUUCUACAAAAUCAAGAAUUUGUUCGAGAACUUGACAUUGACUGCUUGUGUUGGAUGCAGCACGGACGUGGGUUGCGAUUCUGUCACUGAAGCGCUUUCUUCCACAAUUUGUAUAGAAACGUACGGAGUCAGAAGCAACCUUGCAGGACCCCACUGUGGAGAUGAGCUUUAAAGCUAUGUGUUGAAGUGACAACUACAUAGAAUCUCAGACUGCUCUUGUUAUAUAUCUCCAUCUGCAACGAAUAAUACUUCAAGAUGAAAUUGAAACGAAGCAAAGAUCGGCGGAACUCGCUGACGAAGGCACACCACUUCAUCAGCCGUGACCCUCCGAGUGGGACGCCAUGGACGGUUACACCUUCAACGGCGACUACAUCGGGUACUCCACCCUCUCCAAACCGGCUACUGGGGUGGGGAUUCUCCAGCAGCCGAUCAAGGAGCAGUACCUGAAGGCCCGGAAACAAGGAAACUCCAAGAAAGUAAUGCUUAGACUGGUUCAGGCCGGUUUGGCCAUCAGUCUUGUUGACACGGGCGGCGGCCAGAAGGGAGAGAUGUUCUACGAAAUCAGUUCCAUCAGCUACAUUGAGAGUCUCAGGUUUACUGUGCUGAGUGGGAACAGUGACAAGAAAGUUCGUGCAAUGUUUGUUCCUCUGGGUGAAUCAUCUCUGCCAAGUGUGAAAGACAAGAACGCAUUUACCAUCGACAAGAACUUUCACUUCCUGACUCAGAUCAGUCAUCCCGCGCUGUUGGCCUGCGUCUUGAGAAGGCCAAAAGGAGUCAAAGCUCUGGACUGCCAUAUUUUCAUGCUGGAAAAUGUUGAGGAUGCUUUUAAGAUUGUGUCCAUAGUGAGACAUAUUCAGACCCGGGGGUCCAACCCUGAUGUGAUGACUGAGUUGAAACAGAACGACAACAGCAGUUUCAAGCGCGGCCAGAACAAUGAUGUGAUACGAACUGAAUACGGGGAGUAUUCCGUGUACAGGGGACAGAAGCAAUAUGAACUCAAGGAUGACUUCUUCCGACCCCCAGGACAAGAAGGCGGUCCACAGGGUGAAUACAGACCCCCCGGACCAGAAGGGGGUCCUGAUUUCAACAACGAGGAUCCGGGGUAUGGGUGGUCUUAUGAACGCUCUAGAGAAAACAAUGAUGAACAUUGGCGCACCUUUGACCACGAUCGGUUUGGUGGGCAAGAUGAACGUUUUCCUGGGCAGCUGAGAGCGGGUUCUCAAAACAGGGGAGAGUACUCUUACGAUCAAGGCGGAAGAGAGUACAUCAGUCACGGUCGUCAAAGGUCGUCUGAUAGUGGUGAGGGGCGGAUGAAUAUGAGUUUCAGCGAUUCAUCAGAAAGGGGUGGUAGGCAUGAUGAUCACACAGAAAGAAGGUCAUGGAAUGAGCGGGAACGGGGUAACAUCUCACCCCGUGCAGCACAUCUCCCACCCCCCAGGGUAGCCGAGAAACCACAAAAACCCGACCCCAUGAUGAGAUCAAUGGGUCCUCCCAGCCCCAACCAACACUCCCCUCCUCGUCCCCUCUCCCCCCGCGGAAUGGACUCGCCCCGAUCAGCCAACUAUCAGCACCCUCCAGCAUCUGCCUACAACCAGCCUGCACAAGGGGGACGCUAUGGCCCCUCUUCUCCCGGUGGACCCGUCUACUCCAUGUCCAAUCUCGAGAGUAGACAGACCGAUGUCCGGGUGCCUGAAGAGGAGGCAGCUCCCAAGCCUGUGGCUAAGGUUCCACCACACAUGGUGGCUGGCGUGAAGGUUCUUCCAACUGGUUUCGCUCCCUCAGCAAUUAAGUUGAAACCCAAGACAACUAAACAUGACAGAAGUUAUGGGUCUGAGGAUUCGGAUCCUGACUACGACAACAACAUCCAUAUGUACAAGAAGCCCACCAAUGACUAUCAGAACUACCAUUCAGAAAAAUACACCGAAGAACGGAACAUAUAUAAUCACAAUCACAGCAACGAGGGCCGGGGAAAAGGGGGAGACAACUACGGUAAAGGGGGAGAUAACUACGGUAAAGGAGGAGAUAACUACGGUAAAGCGGGCGAUAACUACGGUAAAGGGGGAGAUAACUACGGCAGGAGCGGGGGCUACGGUGACUACAACAAAGGGGGCACCUACGGCGACAGCAGCUACACUAAAGAGGGCAGCCAGAAUCGGGGCUUCAGCUACGCCCCUGAAUAUGGACGGCAAAUCAGCGACGAGAAGACCGAAAGCCGUCAAUAUAUUGAAAGCUACGAUGGGCCUUACGGUGUCCAGAGACGGGAUACUGACCAUAGGCAGGCGGACAAAGGGGGUUCCAACAGGUAUAGCGCACCAUCAACGGCUUACGACGACAGAUCACAUGAUCCGGGUAACCGUUGGAGCGGGUCAAGUGGUGGAGGUCAAGGACGAUCUCAGUCUAACUACGACCUCGGUAGCAGAGCGCCUUCUGGUGGGGAUGGCGGACAAGGUCCUAAAGGGAAAGAAGCCGAGAUUGCAUCAAUGUUUACGAACUUCCAACUUCAGAAAGGGGAGCCAACUCCUUACACUACUUCCGGAACAGAUUUCGAGCAAUCUCUGGGUUACUUCCCUUGACGGAGUCCGUAUUUCGCGAUUUCGAGACUGUUUAAUGUGCCGUAGAAGGUGUUUGAUGACGAUGUAUCCACGUGGAGAUGCGUGCAUGUUGCUGCUUGAGAGGACAGCCUGAUUCAGAGACAGGAGAAUGUAGUGAUGGUAUAUGUCUGAUGUCGGGUUUAUGAAGUAGAACAUUCUUGAGUGACACUGUAAUGGAUAGAUAGACCAGGCUUCCGGACACUUUAUUAACGUGGCAAUUUGCUAGAAGACGUACAAUCUAUGCAUCCUUUCUGUGACUAGCCUUGUUCAUUCUUUGUUACAGUGUUCUUCUUCGUCAUCAUCAAACCCUUGGAGAUCAAGGAACAAAGCUCAUGUACAAGCUAGAGUCAGUUCUAUAUUUCAAAUUUAAAUUGCAGGGCGUCAGCAGGUUGCGGUAUUAUGGUAACACAGGUGGUACACAGUGGUACAAUAGGUGAUACAGUAGCGAUAUUAUUGAAACUGUUGAUCUCAGAAGUUAGUGUCAUUUUAUGGCAUCACAUCAUCGUCUAAAAAGAAAAUUUAUCCCGUAGACAAAGACACCACCGUCUAAAAAGAUAUGUUAUAUAUAAUCGCAAUAAAUUAUGCACUCAUCACAUAUAUAGGUAUAUUGGAUAUGUAACUCGUAUCUCAAUAGGCGGAAGCUUUAUCAUGGUUUGGUUGCUCCAAAAGUCAAAUCUUUCUGAGAGUUUGAUUUUAAGUAAGUAGAACCUGCUGAGGAACUUAUAAACUGCCUCUGAAGAACGAGAAAUGGAUACCUUUACGAUUGUAUGCUUCUACUAUAUCAUAGUGCAAUGGCCAACAACUGCAUUUCUCAGGCUUAUUCGAGUCACGUUUGCAGUAUAUUUUGCUUUUACUGACGUGUAAUGGUAGGCAUGGCAGGUGUUCACAUGGCAAACGUGAAAAGAAUAACGGCAAGUUCAUCCAAUAUGUCACCUACGCAAUAUUCACACGGCAGGUAGUGACAUCAGUAGAUAGCUUGGUCAUGUGCAGUGUAUCCAGAUUCACUAACCACGUGCCUAUUGUUCAAUGCUAUAUAUAGGCGUUGACAUUGAACACACAAUAAAUCAGCCUCUAUCUUCAUGAUAUUGUGUUACGGAAAAGUUUAAAUAUUGAUAUUUAUUCAUUUUAAUGAUCUCUUGCUAUUGUAAUAGGUUCGUUACGUUGCGUUUAACUUCAUUACAGCUAAAAGCUUCGAUAGACCGACUGCAUCGAUUUUCUUUACUGAUAGUGAAUGGAUGUAGCAUGGAUUAUAGAUGUAUGGUGUAUAUAACAUGUAAAUAGUGUCGGUGUGAACUCUAUGUGACUAUAUAUGCAGUGUACAUCCAGCGUCUUGAGUGCCUGAGAUCACGUGAUAUUCAGUGACACGUUGACCUUCACAUUGUACAUAACCCUUUGUCAUGUACUGAACCCCUUAUGUAACAUUGUAAUGAGGACCUUGGAUCCGCCCUAACUUACAUUGUAAUAUAGCCAUGUAACCUACAGUGGACCCUCCGAACUUGUCAUAAAGAUCUGUGCAUGGACCCACCCAACUUACAUUGUAAUAUAGCCAUGUUACCUAUAGUGCACCUCCGAACUUGUAAUAAAGAUCUGCGUGGACCCGCCUGAACUUACAUUGUAAUAUAACCACGUGGCCUAAAGUGGACCCCAGAACUUACAUUGUAAUAACGACCUGUGUGCCCCCUACCCAACUUACAUUGUGACAUAGAUAUGAUCUAUACCCUCCACAAAGUGUAAUAUAUUUCAAGUCAUUAUGCAAGAUCUGAAUGUUUAUUUUUUCUUGUCAUAAUUAUGAUGAGUAAAUAAAAACUAUUGCUUAUA